AUGUCAUUGAAGAAAUCAAGGCAAAAGGAUAUUUCUGUUGGACAGCUACAGCAACCAGAAAUGCUCCAAGCAUUUUUCAAAGAUGAUGAAAUAUUUGCUUCUUUCAAAAGGGUAAGAGGUACGCCACAGUACUGGAAGCAAAUGCAACAAGAUAUGUUGGCAAAAAUCCGUCACUUUGGGCCAUACACAUUUUUCCUUUCAGGAUCUGCUGCUGAUUUUCACUGGCCUGAAUUAAUUCAAAUAAUAGCCAAACAAUACGGACAGCAAUUCGAUAUAGUUUAUAUUGAAAAUGAAAUGGACAAAAAAACAAAAAGGAACUGGUUGGCGAGAAAUCCAGUUACUGCUGCGCGACACAUUGAUUUCAUAUUUAGGAAAUUGUGGGGAAAUGUUAUCCUCUCCGGAGUUCAUCCAGUUGGACAAAUUUUGAACUAUGACAAAAGAAAAGAAAUGCAAAGUAGAGGCACAGCGCACUUUCAUUCAGCAAUACAUGUACAAGGGGCACCACAACUAAACAAGGAACCAGACAAGGAUAUUGUUGCAUUCAUCGACUCGUAUAUUUCAUGUGCUAUUCCAGAAGACGAUGAAUCCUUAAGAGAUCUUGUCACUUCCAGACAAAUUCAUCAUCAUACCCGCACAUGUAAGAAGAAGAAAAACAUCAAUUGCAGAUUUCAUUUCCCCAAGCCUCCUGCACAAGAAACAACUAUUUCUCGUGUUCCUUGCGAUGAACAGUUUAAACAGAGAAUUGAGCAAUCUAGAAAUAUACUUAACUCUGUAAUGCAGACCCUGGAACGUACAGGAACAGAUAUAACACUGUCUGAAUUGUUACAGGCUGCAGGAAUACCAGAAGACAUUUAUCAAGAUGCUCUAAAUGUAUUUUUGAAAAAGAACAAUAUCAUGUUGAAACGAAAACCAGCAGAGACCUGUGUAAAUCCUUACAACCCAAUUAUUAUGAAAGCACUCAGGGCAAAUAUGGACAUCCAGUACAUUACAGAUGUUUGGGCAUGUGUAGCAUAUAUUACAUCUUACAUGUGUAAACCAGAGAGGUCUAUGUCUGAACUCAUGAGAAAUGCAUGUAAGGAGGCCAACACAGUCAAAGAUAAGCUGAAAUCAAUUGGGAAUGUCUUCUUAAAGUCGAGGGAGGUGUCACAACAUGAAGCUAUAGCAAGGUUGAUUGGUCUUCCGCUUAAAGAAACCAACACUCCUGUGAUAUUCAUUCCCACUGGAUAUAGACAUCAACGUACAAGACUUCUAAAACCACCUUCACUGCUAAAACACAUGAACAAAGAUGACACAGAUGUGUUCCUGCCUAAUAUUGUUGAUAAAUAUGCAGUACGACCAUCUAGCCUAGAAGACAUUUGUCUGGCAGAGUUUGCUUCCUAUUAUACCUCUGCAAAAUCACCUACAUCUGAAGAAGUUGAUGAUGUAAACAGUGAUAUCAACACCACUACAGGAAAACUUAUCAGACUGAAGAAUGGUAUGGGAACAAUGAAAAAAAGAAAUGUACCAUUUGUGCUUCGUGAUUAUCCGGUCACAAAACAGAGAGACUCAGAAAAGUAUUAUCAUCGCCUUCUUUUUCUGUAUUUUCCAUGGAGAAAUGAAGAUGAAUUGGAAGAUAUGUCAUCAUUCAAAACAAAGUUUGAAAGUGUAUUUUCUUCCAUAGAGGAAACAAUUCAAAAAUAUGAACCUUACCUUGAGGAGGUUUUAACAGCUAGUGAAAUUUGUGAAACUCUUGAAUCCCCUGAAGAAAUGUGGGAUCAAAUUCUACCACAAGUGGAGCAGGAUAGGGAUCAGCCAGUCGAUGCUAAUGAAGACUAUCAACUUCUUGACAUUGCCAACCUAUCCUCAGAACAACUAAAUCAAGAUACGAGUGACAGUAACGUAGUCUUGGAGCCAACAAGGAAAAGGACACUUACUACUAACAUUGAUAUAGAACCUAAACAAAAAUAUAUGUGUAUGGUACGUAGUCUCAAUGAAAAACAGAGAGAUAUACACCAACACAUUUUUACAUGGUGCAGAAAAAUGUCAUUAGCAUCCUCCAGAGAAGAAGAGCCUAAUCCAUUCUACAUUUUCCUAAGUGGGGGUGCUGGAGUAGGUAAAAGCCAUUGUAUUCACACAAUAUAUCAAAGUGCAGUGCGAACACUUAGGAAAGCAGGACAGAAAACAGAUUUGCCCACAGUUCUACUUACUGCCCCUACAGGCAAGGCAGCUGUAAACAUAGGUGGAACAACAUUACACAAUGCUUUUCAUCUUCCUGUGAAGCAAAAAGGUUCACAAUUUGUUUACAGGCACCCUGGAUCUGCAGCACUUAACACAAUGAGAUCAACCUACUGCCAACUGAAAAUACUAAUAAUUGAUGAAGUUUCCAUGGUAGGAGCACAGACUUUUACAAACAUUAGCUUAACAUUACAAGAGAUCUUUGAAAAUGAAGAACCAUUUGGCAGAGUCUCUGUGUUAGUUGUCGGUGAUCUAAUGCAACUUAACCCUGUUGGCGAAAAACCAGUAUACAAGUCUCAAACAAUAGGAUAUGCAGCUUUGGCUUCCACACCGUGGGAACUUUUUUCAUUGUAUGAGCUAAUAGAAAUAGUACGUCAAAAAGAAGACCCAAGGUUUGCAAACAUCUUAUCCCGUGUAAGACUUGGUCAACACACCACUGAAGAUGUAACCGUCUUAAAGGAGUUAGAAAACAAUUCAAAUGUGUCUGAAGGGUCCCUUUCCAUAUUUCUUACCAAUGCCCUUAAAGAUAUCUACAAUGAGAAACAGUUAAAUUUGCUGACGUCGGAAGUGUUUACCAUAAAGGCUCAAGAUACAAGAAGAGAUAUAUACACCAAACGGGUCCCAGUACAAGUAACGAGCAAUAAUCCUCAUGAAACAGGAGGAUUAGAGACUGAAAUUAAAGUAGCCUUGAAUGCCAGAUAUAUGCAGACCAAAAAUAUCGAUACAGAAGAUGGACUAGUCAAUGGAGCUACAGGAACCAUAAUGAAACUUGAUAUUUCCCAAUUCAAUCCAUUGGAGGGUAUUUUGUAUGUCAAAUUUGAUGAUGCAAGAACUGGUCGUCAAGCUAAAGCAAAAAGCAAAUACAAAGAUCUUGUUCCAAUUCGAGCAGUAAAUGCCACAUUUAGUAUAAAUGACAAAUGCAGUUCUCUUCAAGUUGAACGAAUUCAGUUUCCUGGGACAUUAGCUUGGGGAAUAACAGUACACAAAGCCCAAGGCAGUACAUUUGAGGAAAUGAUAGGAGAUAUGACCACUCACAACAAUAAAAACAAAACAAUGCCAGGCCAAAUUUACACACUUCUAAGUAGAGCUAAAUCAAUGAAUGGCCUGAGAUUAUGCUCAUUUGAUGCAGAGAAAAUCAAAGUAAAUUAUUCAGCUCUCGAUGAAAUGCAUAGACUUCAAGCUACCAAAAGCCUCAUCCCCGACACUUUCCAGAAAGAUUUUAAGGAAGCAACCCUUAGAGUGUCAUAUUUAAAUGUGCGUUCUUUAAAAGAACAUCACCAAGACUUACUUAACUCUAAAAUUGCUGAACAUUCGGAUAUUCUGUGUUUAUCAGAAACAAAGGUUCACAACUAUACAGAGUUUCAAUUUGAGAACAUGAAAUGCAUUAACAAUAAAUGUAAACAUGGAGCUGCGAUAUACAUCAACAAUGAUAAUGUUGAAACCUUCCCAAUAAAUACAAAUGUUCUAGAAACGGUCUCUGUGGUGGUGAAAGAAACAUUAAUUGUAUCUGUAUAUGUUACCCCAGGAACAUCAUGGACUCUUCUUGCAGAAGAUGUAAAAAAUAUGACUUCUCAAAUUAACUCUCCCCCAAGAAGACACAGCUUUUCAAAAAUCCUUAUUAUUGGAGACUUUAAUCUUGAUCUCAGAAUGCAAACCCUGCUUGUGAAUAUGCUUCUUGAGUUUGGAUUACAUCAGAUGAUAACAGAGCCAACUCAUGAACUAGGUUCCAUACUUGAUCUUGUCUUCACAAACCAUCAUGAUUGUGUAAUUUAUAACUCACCUGUCUGUUUUUCUGACCAUCAUAUUAUCACUGUGCAUAUAAACUAA